AUGCAAAUAAUACCAUUUGCGAAACACCGAAGGAAACUUACAUAUACUGAAAUACCAAAACUAACCCAACAACCCCAAGUGCUUGGAGAUUUGGUGACACAUAAAUUGGUCAAUUCCAUAGAGGAUAAUGUUCCAAAACCCUACUCGUUAUUGUUAUCGAAUGUAGAAAUAGUCCCCGAAUUUCACUCCUCGUCGGUUUUCUUCACAUUCACAAAACCAAGUCAAUUUGAGACCGAACCUACAGAGUCUAUAGAGAUCAUGGGAGAGGAAGGUUGCGAGUGCAGGCCACUUGGUUUCUUGAUCGGAUUACCCUUUGCUCUCGUGGCCUUGAUCAUAUCUCUUGUUGGUGCAGUUAUCUGGGUUUUAGGGUAUGUGUUUUUGUCUCAAUUUUUCUUAAUUUUUCUUCAUUUAGUUAUUUUGCUUUUGCUUCUGCUUUCUGAAAAAACAAACAUUAUCUGGAUCCAUAUUGAGUUGCUUGUGCCCAUGCUGCAUCUGCUGCGCGGGAUUGGCCAAUUUGGCUGUGAGUCUUGUGAAGCUUCCGGUAAAAGUUCUUAG